AAUGGGUGUAUAGCUUGCCGGGAGAUUCAUGUACAUGUAUACCUUUAAAUACGUUUGGUAUUUAAUUUUUCAGGCACAAAACUAUGUAUGUCUUUUCGACAUACAUUUACUACGAUGAAAUGAGACAAUGUCUUUUUGUUCUGGAUUAUAAGUGUUACUCAAAAGCGAAACUUGAGACCUGAAUUUCUGUGUAAUUGGCUUGAUAGACUCUUUAACUGUUGAAGAUUGUAAUCCAGCACCUAAGAUGGCCAAUCGUAAAAUGAGGAAUGUGCCCAUUAAUAUACCUAUUUCAAACCCUCAGUUUGGUGUCCAGCCUGUCGUAUAUUACCCAUCAAAUAGUUUCCUAGACUCAGGGAGACAAGCUCCCCGCCAACGGCCUCGACUUCAGUAUCACAGUUCUGACGUCAGUGACUUCAGCAGAAGAUCCCAUGUUGUGUAUUCGGCCAAUCCACCUUCUCCUUCCUCUCCUGAAUUUGCUAACCAUCUUCGGUACCAGCGACCUCCAGAUUCGCCGAGAAUCAUGCGCCCAACUUCUGCAAGUAAAGUCCAUUUGAUUGAACAGUUGGUGGAUCGCCAGGACUCCAUAAGGAAACAGAUGAAGGAUACGAUUUCAGGCUGGAAAAUUGCUGUCAAGGAUAUACCGAAACCUGGAAGGAAAAUAUCGGUGGAUGAUCAAAUGAAACGAAUAAGGGCACUUUGUGCUGACGUCGAUCACCACCUUCAUAGAUGGAAGGAUGAAAUACAUAGGCUUACUGGAAUACGCAUAAAUACAGCUGCACCAAGUCCAGGAACGAGGCAAAAUGACAUGAAGCAAACCCCUUUCAAACAGAUGGUUGUGAACGACACCAGAAGCAAAGAAUUGAAUAUGGAAAAAUCUGUUCAGGAUACCAAAAAGGAAAACAUUCAUCUCAGAGAGAAAAUGGCUGGUCUAGAAGAAGAUCUGCGGAAAGUUAUACAGGAGAAAGAAGAAUUGUUAACAAGAUUAAGUGAGAUAUCAGGAUCACGACUUACGGAUGGAAAUGUACAAUUCACUGACCUAAACACACAGAACAGACCUACAAAGAUUGCCGAGAGAUUCCAAGAACUGUAUAAUGAUGAAUGGAUGGCAGCAUUAGACGUUUUACCACAAGACGAUCCUCUGUCGGAAAAGAAAUCUAUUUCCACCUUGUUAUAUAUCAUUCAGUCAAGUUUUGAGUUCUGUGAAAAUGAAAGCCGAGAGAUGACACGGAGACUGACAUCGGCCGUGUUUGGUGAUGGCAAGGACAAUAUCCAAUUAAACGAUGAAAGUAAAAGACUGAUUCAACAGCUUCAGAAGUCCACCGCUGAUUUAAUGACACCUGGUGUAGCUCAAAAAUUCUGCCAAUCACUUGACAUUGACGAAAAUUUUGAGCACCCUCUUCCAGAAAGUGUCAAAACAUUUGCUGCAGAAUGUGCAAAAAUAACUUGGUGUAUGGUGGUUCAAUCCCCACCAAUGCGUAUUGUUUGCGGAGGUAGUCAUGGGAAAAAAUUUGAUCGCAACAUGUUUUCAGAGUAUACUCAGCAAGGAGAAGUCCUGGAUUUCGUGGUAUGGCCUGCAGUUCUGAUAGAAAAUGGAGGUGCCUUAUUGUCAAAAGGGGUUGUGCAACCCCUGAAACCCUCUUAAUAGCGAGUAUACAAAAGUACAGUAAUAGAGGACAAACAAACAAUCAAACUUGAUGAAUUUCUAUUUUUGUGCAAUAAAAAAUUCCACAAAUCUAUUACUUUCAUACAUAAGAUGUUUGUAAAAUUCAUCUGAAUUUUUCAAUCAAAAUUUUUUAAUAUGCUUGGUUUUUCAGCGUACUUAUAUAUAUUAUGCUUUGUAACUUACGACAAGAGAUCACCAGAAUUGCAUGUACAUAAUAUUUUCAAGACCAGUAAUUUGACUUAUACACUAUACAUAUAUUUCUUAUCUAUAGCAUACAGAUUACAUUUAUUCAUAUUGCUAUUCCUAACACUGAAUAUGAGUUUUUUUUUCUUGAUCUUUUGAACGUUUUUGGUGACAAAGAGAUAU